UGACGCUGAAUACGGAAUACCAGGUAUGUAAAAGUUGCAAUCCGGACUACUUUCCUCCGAACAUACAGCUAAUCUAUUUAUUUUUCCAGCGAAAUUUCCGCAAAGUAAUGAGGAGCGCGCUGAAUCAAGUGCGCGGUCGAGGAGCACCCGAAGACGUCGACGAGCAGAAACUCCGACGACGAGAAGUUUUGCAGCUUUACCGAUGGUGUGGAAACGGAACUGGUCUGGCUCUGUAAUGGUCGCCACACCCAUGCAGCUAUCUCAAGCGCCGCGUCUUCACUUACGGCCGUCUGUUUCUUCCUGUAUUUUGCCAUGCGCCUAGAAGUCUGGAGGACGACCAAAAAAGUUUCGCUUUCUUAUGUACAAGAUACCCUUAGUGCGAUUUGUUGGAAGGCGUCGUCUUGACCUCUCUCUCCGUUGCUGGAAAGUUUUCCUUCCGCGGUCUCUGCUCUUAUUCACCUGCAUAUACCGUGGAUUCAUCUGUUGUUUUUGUUAUCAGUUUGGCGUUUUUGUUACUUUGGGGUGGGGGUUUGGGGGCGGGCUUUGGCUUGUGAUAUUUUCCGUAUCUGUUUUUCCUGGUGUUUGCUCUGUGUUUUUUUUUUCUCGUCUUUUUUUUCCCGUUCUAUUUUUUUAUUUUUAUACCUCAUAUUUGUCGUGUUAUUUUCGAAGUUGUAUUGGUGGCUAUUGUGGGGACGGGGGCCGGGGGCCGGAAACGUGGAUUCAGUGGAUGGUCGUUCGGUUGGUUAUUGCUUGCGGGAGGCUCCACUGGUUGGAUGGGAUGGGGAUGGGAUGGGAUCGGAUCGGAUUGUAACUUUUAUUUUCUAAUGGAGGCCGGUAUACUCCAUGGUGAUGGUAGGGAGGGGGGGGAGGGAACGGUGGAUCGGGAUGGAUGGAUUGGAUUGGAUGGAUAUGGGUAGCAUAUAUACAUACAUGUACUUAGGGUCACGUACAUACGCAUUGGACUAAGAGUUGGUGUGGACUUUGAAGUGUUCUUUGGUAAUUGUCUGUUCCUUGAACUUGAAGACUGAAGUUUGUGGGCUGUGUUGG